UCCGCCUCCGCCCCCCUCCUCCUCCUCUCAGCUGCCAUUUUGGUUUUGUUCCCGUCUGCGGCGCUACCAGGAAGAAGGAACAGCCGCUCAGAGUGACUCGACACUUGGUCGAAACCUGCGACGGCGCUCCCGGGCCGACGCGUUUCUCCACUGCACGUCGGCGCUUUCAGAACUGCGUUUCCGUUUUUGCUUGGAGGAGGCGGGUGACUGUGACACAGCCGGAUUUAUAUAGAAGGGAGGUUUGCAGGCGCUGAGGGAGGACAGAGAAGGAAUAUUGAUGUCCAGUUCGCCGCUGUCCAAGAAGCGUCGCGUGUCAGAAUCAGAGACGAAGACGGAAUCCCACAGCUCCUCCUCCAACUGUGUCAGCAGUGAACUGUCCCACACACCCACCAACGGCAUGGCUAGAAAUGGGAAUGAAGCUGACAUCGAUGAAGGACUCUACUCCAGGCAGCUCUAUGUGCUGGGGCACGAUGCCAUGAAGCGCAUGCAGACCUCCAAUGUCCUGAUAUCUGGGCUGCGUGGUCUGGGUGUGGAGAUUGCCAAGAACGUCAUCCUGGGAGGGGUCAGGAGCGUGACCUUGCACGACCAGGGCCUCGCCGAAUGGAGGGAUCUGUCAUCGCAGUUCUACCUACGUGAGGACGACCUGGGCAAGAACCGUGCCGAGGUCAGUCAGCCUCGCCUGGCAGAGCUGAACAGCUAUGUGCCUGUGGUGGCUUACACCGGCGUCCUCACCGAGGACUACCUGAGCCAGUUCCAGGUGGUAGUGCUGACUGACUCCAGCUUGGAUGAGCAGUUGCGCAUUGGGGAGCUCUGCCAUGGCAAAGGGAUCAAGCUCAUUGUGGCCGAUACUCGUGGCCUGUUUGGCCAGCUGUUCUGCGACUUUGGUGAAGAGAUGACAGUGUUCGACACCAAUGGGGAGCAGCCUCUCAGUGCCAUGAUCUCCAUGAUCACCAAGGACAACCCAGGUGUGGUGACCUGCCUGGAUGAGUCCCGGCAUGGCUUUGAAAGCGGUGACUUCGUCACCUUCACUGAGGUGCAGGGCAUGACUGAGCUGAAUGGGUCCCCACCCGUGGAGAUCAAAGCCCUGGGUCCCUAUACCUUCAGUAUCUGUGACACCAGCUCCUUUUCCGAGUACGUCCGGGGAGGGAUCGUCUCCCAGGUCAAGAUGCCCAAGAAGAUCAGCUUUAAAUCGCUGCUGGCCUCGCUGUCAGAACCAGAGUUUCUGCUCACCGACUUUGCCAAGUUUGAGCGUCCAGGCCAGCUGCACUUGGGCUUCCAGGCACUGCACGCUUUUGAGAAGCAGCACGGCCGUGUCCCCAAACCCUGGAACCAGUCAGAUGCAGAUGAACUGGUAUCUCUGACUAAAGAAGUCAAUGCUGCCCAAUCAGGCAGUGCCAAGCAGGAGCAGCUGGACAAGGGCCUCCUGCAGAAGCUGGCAUAUAUGGCAGCCGGUGACCUGGCCCCUGUCAAUGCCUUCAUCGGUGGUCUGGCAGCACAGGAGGUUAUGAAGGCCUGCACUGGGAAAUUCCUGCCCGUCAUGCAGUGGCUCUACUUUGACGCUCUGGAGUGCCUGUCUGAGGAAGAGGGCGCAUUGCUUUCUGAGGAGGAGUGUGCACCUAGAAAUUGUCGAUACGAUGGACAGAUUGCUGUGUUUGGCUCCAAGCUGCAAGAGGAGUUGGCCAAACAGAGGUAUUUCCUGGUUGGGGCAGGUGCCAUAGGCUGUGAGCUCCUGAAGAACUUUGCCAUGAUGGGACUGGCCAGUGGGGAUGGCGAAGUGAUCGUCACCGACAUGGACACCAUCGAGAAGUCCAACCUCAAUCGCCAGUUCCUCUUCAGGCCGUGGGAUGUCACGAAGAUGAAGAGUGAGACAGCAGCUGCCGCCGUCAAGCAGAUGAACCCAUCCGUCCGCAUCACGGGCCACCAGAACCGGGUCGGACCCGACACUGAGAGGGUCUACGAUGAUGACUUCUUCGAAAGCCUGCACGGUGUGGCCAACGCCCUAGACAACGUUGACGCACGCAUGUACGUAGACCGGCGCUGUGUCUACUACCGGAAGCCUCUCCUGGAGUCGGGCACUCUGGGCACCAAGGGUAACGUGCAGGUCGUGAUUCCCUUCCUGACUGAGUCCUACAGUUCAAGUCAGGACCCCCCCGAGAAGUCCAUCCCCAUCUGCACGCUGAAGAACUUCCCCAAUGCCAUAGAGCACACACUGCAGUGGGCACGUGACGAGUUUGAGGGUCUCUUCAAGCAGCCAGCAGAGAAUGCCAUGCAGUACCUGACAGACCCCAAGUUCAUGGAGCGUACGCUGAAGCUGCCUGGAGCCCAACCACUGGAGGUGCUGGAGGCCGUGUAUAGGACCUUGGUGACGGACUGCCCCCGCAGCUGGGAGGACUGCGUGGCCUGGGCCCGCAACCACUGGCAGGUCCAGUACAAUAACAACGUCCGGCAGCUGUUGCACAACUUCCCCCCGGACCAGGUCACCAGCUCUGGGGCACCAUUUUGGUCAGGUCCAAAGAGGUGUCCUCACCCACUUGAAUUCAGCACCGACAACCUGCUGCACAUGGACUACGUCAUGGCUGCAGCCAACCUGUUCGCACAGACCUACGGGCUGCCAGGGAGCACCGACCGUGCCGCUGUGGCCCAUAUCCUUCAGGAGGUCAAGGUGCCCACCUUUACUCCCCGGUCAGGGGUCAAAAUCCAUGUAUCAGACCAGGAGCUGCAGAAUGCCAACGCCUCCGUGGAUGAUUCCCGGCUGGAGGAGCUGAAGUCUCUGUUGCCAAGCCCAGACACUGUGUCUCAGUUCAAACUCUGUGCCAUCGACUUUGAAAAGGAUGACGACACCAAUUUUCACAUGGAUUUCAUCGUAGCUGCUUCCAAUCUGAGGGCGGAGAACUACGACAUUCCGCCUGCUGACAGGCACAAGAGUAAGCUGAUAGCUGGGAAGAUCAUCCCAGCAAUCGCCACGACAACAGCAGCGGUGGUGGGCUUGGUGUGUCUGGAGUUGUUGAAGGUUGUUCAAGGCCAUCGACGCCUUGAGUCCUACAAGAACGGCUUCAUGAACCUGGCGCUUCCCUUUUUCGCCUUCUCGGAGCCCAUCGCUGCCCCCACUCACAAGUACUACGAGGAGAGCUGGACACUGUGGGACCGUUUUGAGGUGACCGGCGUGCCGCCUGGUGGGGAGGAGAUGACCCUCCGGCAGUUCCUGGACUACUUUAAGAACGAGCACAAGCUGGAAAUCACCAUGCUGUCCCAGGGUGUGUCUAUGCUCUACUCCUUCUUCAUGCCCGCUGCCAAGCUGAAGGAGAGGCUGGACUUGCCGUAAGUGCAUCAGCAGUGACCGUGGAGCGUUGGGGUAUGAUGGUAGUCGAUGGUCUUCCAGAUUCAGGGGGCGUGGGGAUCUUUUACAGCUAUUGCGACCCAAACUGGCUGAUGGGGAUUCCCCCUGCUCAUGUCGUGUAACUUUUGCCGUCUUGCAACGUUCUUUGCACUUGAGCGUUGUGUGGGUUUUUUUUUUUUUCUUUUCUGCACAGCCAACCUCCCCCCCCCCAACACCUAUAACCUCAAAAUGGGCAAACAUCCAAAAGGAAAGUUGGAGGUUAUCAGUUUUUAAUGGGGGACCUGUGGUGAGAGUAUGGCUAGAAUCACUCUGCAGGCCAGAACGAAACUGCAUUUUCACAUGUGGGGCACAAAGCGGAGGAUUCCCUGUGAACUGUAGUAACUGUUGAUGUUUCAGUCCGGUACAGUGAGUUAUUUUGAAGUGGUAAAUGGAAACGGCGCAAUGGUGAUUUGUGGUGCCGGCGAUUCAUGAGAUGCAGUACGGCUGUUUUCAAUGCAAAUAAAUCAAAGCAUCUGAAAAGAGACCAUUUAGUGGAAGAUGACACGUUCACACAGAUCAUCCAAGACUUUGGAACUUUCAGAUUACAAGAAGCUUUCUUGAUGGCAACUUGGCAAAAAAAAAAUUAGAGAGGGUAAUUGAGUUCAUUAGAUUAUGAGUUACAGAA